AAGCUAGCAGAAACAGAAACGCGAACUCCAAUAUUCUGAACGGAAGAAAGUUGAGAAUAGCUGAAACUCAGCGGGCAACAGAAGAAUGAUUAUUCGUACCAUUCUGAAAACGGGAUUCGCUUACACUUUAGAGCUGCAAACAGACACGCGCAACCUCUCGAGGCGGAAGUGAUCAGCUGACUCUGGAGUCAUGCGGCCAGUGGGCCUGGCUGCGUCAGAUGCCGGUGUAUUUUCUACUAUUUCUUUUCCCUGCUGCUUUAACAUGGUUGCUCUGGUUUUGCUUCACUUCCUAGCCCUAGGAUUUGGAUCACCGGUUACAUCCCAGAGAAACUUUGAAAUUGAUUAUGCUCGCAACUGUUUCCUUAAGGAUGGGAAACCAUUCCGCUACAUUUCAGGCAGCAUCCAUUAUGCCCGGAUUCCCCGUUUCUACUGGAAGGACCGUCUCUUGAAGAUGAAAAUGGCAGGCCUUGAUGCUGUUCAAAUGUAUGUUCCAUGGAACUUUCACGAACCUGAGCCAGGAGUUUACAACUUCAGAGAUGACAGGGAUCUGGUGUAUUUCCUGAAACUUGCUGAUGAGAUUGGCUUGUUGGUCAUAUUGAGAGCGGGGCCUUACAUAUGUGCAGAAUGGGACAUGGGUGGUCUGCCUGCCUGGUUAUUAGAAAAAGAAUCAAUUGUUCUUAGAUCUUCUGAUUCAGACUAUUUAGCAGCUGUAGGAAGAUGGAUGGGGGUCUUAUUACCAAAGAUGAAGCCUCACCUUUAUCAGAAUGGGGGCCCCAUUAUUAUGGUGCAGGUUGAAAAUGAAUAUGGAAGUUAUUUCGCAUGUGAUUUUCAUUACCUCCGUUACCUGAAGAAUCUUUUUCGCCAGUACCUUGGGAAUGAAGUAGUCCUGUUCACAACAGAUGGUGCAACAAAGAUUUUUUUGCGCUGUGGAACUCUUCAAGGCCUUUAUUCAACCGUGGAUUUUGGACCACAUACCAAUGUCACUGAAGCCUUUUUAACUCAGAGACGAACUGAGCCUCAAGGCCCCUUGGUCAAUUCUGAAUUCUAUACUGGUUGGUUAGAUCAUUGGGGCCACCCCCAUAAUGUUAUACCGUCACCAGCCAUAGCAAAAACUCUUAGUGAAAUCUUGGCACAUGGAGCUAACGUUAACCUAUAUAUGUUCAUAGGAGGCACUAAUUUUGGCUACUGGAAUGGAGCCAAUAUACCAUACAUGGCACAACCUACUAGUUAUGAUUAUGAUGCCCCAUUGAGUGAAGCAGGGGAUCUUACAGAGAAGUAUUUUGCUCUCAGAGAAGUUAUUGGCAUGUACAAGGAUUUGCCAAAGGGGCCUAUACCUCCAACAACUCCUAAGUUUGCAUAUGGAGAAGUUAAAUUGAUGAAGGUUGGAACAGUGACUGAACUGCUGAAUGAUUUUUCCCCAUCUGGACCAAUUAAAAGCAUGUAUCCUUUGACAUUUGUUCAAUUAAAGCAGUAUUUUGGAUACGCAUUAUACAGAACAAAGUUACCAAGAAACUGUAGUAAGGAAAUUCUUUCUUCAUUUGAUGGCAUUCAUGAUCGGGCCUACAUCUCUGUGGAUGGGAUUCCUCAGGGGAUUCUUGAAAGAAGGAAAUCCUUGAAAUUGAACAUAACUGGGAAUGCAGGUGCCAAUCUGGAUUUGUUGAUAGAAAAUAUGGGUCGAGUCAAUUAUGGACGAUACAACAAUGACUUCAAGGGUCUGAUUGUGAAUUUAACUCUUGCUCAAGAUAUCCUUUUUGACUGGGAAAUAUAUCCCCUGGACAUUGACAGAGCAGUGCAAGGAGGUUUCAGUUAUAAGAUAUCUGGAAAAAAUGUACCAACGUAUGAAGGGCCGAGUGUUUAUACUGGCAAUUUUUCCAUUCCUAGUGGAAUUCCAGAUUUGCCUCAGGACACCUAUCUCAAAUUUCCAGGUUGGACAAAGGGACAAGUCUGGAUUAAUGGCUUUAAUUUAGGACGCUACUGGCCAUCCCUUGGCCCUCAGUUAACAUUGUUUGUGCCUAGAGAUAUCCUUGUUUCAUCUUCUCCAAAUAAUAUUACCAUUCUGGAGCUGGAGAAAUCUCCUUGUGUCAUCCAGAAUUGUUUAGUGGAAUUUGUGGAUAAGCCCAUCCUCAAUAAAACUCUUGAUUAUGAAGGCAAUUUUGAGAAGCUGUUCUCUAAUGAUUUGUGACUGAAUCCUAUGCACCGUAUUUUUCAGAGUAUAAGACACACCUUUUUACCCCCAAAAAGGGGGUGAAAAUCUGGGUGCGUCUUAUUCACCAAAUGUAGCCCCAUCCGCCCACCGGCCCCCACCCUUUGACAUGUGCCUUGCAGCAGUUACCUCCUUGCAAGCAAACAGCAAGAAAAAACAGCUCCUUUCAGCUUUAGCAUAGACUAAUUAGCACAAGUUGAUUGGAUCCGCCUCCCGACUCUCAGCUGAUUUGCUCUCAGCUGUUUUCUGCAAGGCUCUGCUACCUGCUGCAAUGAGAUAAAUUGUUGGAGCAGAUUUUUUUUCCCCUUGUGCUAAUCAAGCUAUGCUGAAACUGAAAGUAAAGUAGGCUGUUUGCUGCAACGAGGCAAAAUUAAGCAGAGGCAGAGGGAGGUUUCUUUUUCUUCUUUUUCCUCACCAAAAAAGGUAGAUGCAAACAAAUUUAGGGCAAAAGAGGAGAGUUCAAGAUUUUAAGACACAAAAGAAAAAAAGGAGAAAGAAAAAGGCAAAAAUAAAAAUGGGAAGGGAGAAAAAGAAAUGAAAGAGAAAAAUGUUAUGCAUAUUUAGAAUUGAAAUAUGAAUAGUAAUAAGAAAUAAAUGGGAAAUCAUGAUUGUAAAAAUGAAAUUAAUAAUAAUUGGAAUAUUUGUCCUUGUAUUUUUGAAAUCUAGACAAUGAUAAGUUUUUAUUUUUUUAUUUUUUUUAGAAAUAUGAAUAAGUAUAAACUGUAACAAUUGAAAUACCUUUAAUGGUAUAUGGUGGUGAAAGUAAAAAGGAUUAAAUUAUAGCUUGGAUAACAGCUAGAACAUUUUUAAAUUUAAUUAGGGAAAUUGUAAUGAUUGAAAUAUUUUUAAUUAUAUAUUGUGAUGAAAGUAGAAAUGAUUAAGUUGUGAUUUGGAGGAUUAUAUGGGCAAAACUAUGUGGGUUAUUGGGAGAGUUUAAGAUGUGAAAAUGAGUAACAUAAGGGGAAAAUUAUUUGGUUUAUUAUUAUUAGCAAAUAUAAUUAAUUGAUUUGUAUGAAAUUGGAUUGCAUGGAAAUAAUUGGAAUAUUCAUGUUCAUAUUGAUUAAUAUACAAAAAAGAUAGUUAUAUAACUAAUUGAUUUAUAUUAAAAUGAAUUUGUAUUAAACAAUUGUAAUAUUACACAAUUAACCCACAUUUGUUAUGAUAAUUACAUAAUCAAUGUGAGGAUGGAUAUAAAACUAGAAGGGGAAGGGGUAUAAUAUAGAAUAGAAGGGAAAAAUUGAAUUUGAUUAAGAUUAGAGAUGAGGAUGAAGGGUAAUAUUGGUUUUUAAAAAAAAAAAUAGAUGAGGAAUAAAUAUGGCAAAAAGGAAAUAUAGAAAUUGUAAAUUUAAUUGAAAUGACUAAACACUGUUUAAAUUUGUGAACCGGCCAAAUACUCUGUCCAAAGGAAAUACAUUGAAUGUUUGUAUGUGUGUUUGUCUAAAAAAUAAAAAAAAUCUUUUUUAAAAAAAACCCAAAAAGUUAGGUGCGUCUUAUAUUCUGAAAAAUACUACUUGUAAUUCUACUUGAUUUACUGAUUGUUGAACCCGUCAAAAUAUUCAGAUUCAAAUGCUUGGAUAGUGGUGAGAAGUCUUACAGUUCUAAGUGGUUCUUAACAUGAAAAUGAAGACAUAUCUUCUAUGCUUCUAAAAUAGUCGUUUGACAUUGAUGAAGUCUCAAUUCUGUUUAAUUGAUUUUACCAUAUAUUAAAUCAAAGUGAUAAUUACUUAAAAGUGUCUGGGUGUUAUUUUAACACCCAAAUUUAACUGGAUAUUCUUAGAUGUAUCAUGUAUCUGUUUUCCUUGAACAAUUGUAGCUUUUCAGAAUAAAUGUGUUUGGUUCUGGAA